UUAGCUGGCUGUGGGGCUGGCCCUUUGGGUGGGUCUGGAAGCGGGCUUCCUCUUCAUGCCCUCUCAAGUCCUUACCCUGGCUGGCGCUGCGAUUCUGUGGAGUGUUUCAAUCGGUUCAAGGCUGAGGCACGCGUGGGACCAAGUUGGUCUACUGAGGAAAAGAUGCCAGAAACAUUCAGGACCAGCAGCAGAGAGAACACCAAUUAGCUGAGAUCAGCUGCAGUGUCAAUGCACUCUGAACAGCCUGGAUUCCUUUGGAGGGGUCCUAAUGCCACAUAUGGCCAUGCAAGGACUUGUUGCGGCUCUCCUGCUCAUUCUCCUGGCUGGUGGAGCUGAAGACUUCCGUAUCUGUGCCUUCAAUGCCCAGAGACUGACAUUGGCCAAGGUAGCCAAAGGGCCAGUGAUGGAUACCUUAGUUCAGAUCCUGGCCCGAUGUGAUAUCAUGGUGCUUCAAGAGGUGGUGGAUUCUUCCCAGAAAACUGUCUCUCUUCUGCUUCGAGAAGCUAAUAGAUUUGACAGUUCCAGGACAUACAGCUUCCUAAACAGCUCCCUGCUAGGGCGCAGCACAUACAAGGAGAAGUAUGUGUAUAUCUACCGGUCUGACAAGACACAGGUUCUGAAUUCCUACCAGUACAAUGACACAGAUGACCUUUUUGCCCGAGAACCAUUUGUGGCCCAGUUCACUCUCCCUAGCAAAAUCCUUCCAAGUGUGGUACUGGUUCCACUCCACACUACUCCCAAGGAUGUAGAGAAGGAGCUGAAUGCCCUCUAUGAUGUGUUUCUGGAUGUCUCCCAACGCUGGCAAAAUGAGAAUGUGAUCCUGCUUGGAGACUUCAAUGCUGACUGUGCAUCCCUGACUAAAAAGCGUCUCAACAGCCUGCUACUGCGGACUGAGGCAGGCUUCCACUGGGCCAUUUCUGAUGGGGAGGAUACUACAGUGCGGGCCAGCACCAACUGUACCUAUGAUCGAAUUGUGGUGCAUGGGCAGGGCUGUCAGACACUGCUGAGGGCUGCAGCACCCUUCAACUUCCCCAGGAGCUUUCAGCUGACUGAGGAAGAGGCUCUCAGCAUCAGUGACCAUUAUCCUGUGGAGGUGGAGCUGAGCCAGGCAGCUCAUGGCAUCCAGCCCUUCAAUUUGGCCAUUCUGCUCCUGCUGUCACUUUUGCCAUCUCAACUGAGCUAGGUGGCUUUUACCUAACGACUACUGACUUGACUCCAACACUGACAUCUCCUGGAGCUGAAUCAAGACCUGAAGGGCUUCAACUACAGCCUUCCUUUUCUUUUUAUGUAUACUUCCUGCUGCUUGCUAUUCCAAGAGGAAGACAGGGCUUUUUAUCUCCAAUACCCUUGGUUUUAAAUAUUCAGAAUAGACUUGUCACUGCAUGCCAUUCCAUGUUAAUUAGUGAGAAGCAGAGACAAAGGCUAGGAAUGGACUCAAGGACAUAGACUACAUCUAUGCAAGGUUUCUGCAACUCACAUCUAGAACCAGGCAGGAAUAUAUCCCAGAUACCUCUAACAGAAAGUGAGCUCGCAAAAAAAUAUGCUUGAGACAUGAACUCAUUAAAGAUCCCUAUAACACUAGCUUGCAAAAAGCUCUGGUAGCUAUGAUUAAACUUUAUGGGCUAGUCUUGUCUCUGGAUCAUAUGUCCACGUUACACCUGCUCUGUAUUCAUUAAUAUGAGUCUGUCAGGUUUAAAAUGUUCCAAUAAAAUUGCCAGUUUUAACUCUU